GGGCCCUCCCGUUGCCGAGCGGCCAUUUUUGGCCCGCCGGCCGGUUCUGGGCCCGCCCCUGAAACCACCCCAGUCUCCGCCCUCCGAUCCUGAGCCGCUGGCGCCGGGGCCGCCUCCGCUCCGGAGCGGGGAGCAGCAAAGAUGUUACGUUUCUUUCGACGAACUCUGGGGCGUCGGUCUAUACGCAAGCAUGUGGAGAAGGAGCGGUUGAGAGAGGCCCAAAGAGCUGCAACCCACAUCCCUGCAGCUGGAGAUGCAAAAUCCAUCAUCACUUGUCGAGUAUCGUUGCUGGAUGGAACUGAUGUCAGUGUGGACUUACCGAAAAAAGCCAAAGGCCAACAUCUGUUUGAACAGAUCAUGUAUCAUCUGGACCUCGUUGAAAAUGACUACUUUGGACUCAGGUUCAUGGAUUCCGCACAAGUGGCACAUUGGUUGGACAACACAAAGAGCAUAAAAAAACAAGUUAAAAUUGGUCCACCAUACUGUCUGCAUCUUCGUGUAAAAUUUUACUCCUCUGAGCCUAACAAUCUCCGUGAAGAGUUAACAAGGUAUUUAUUUGUUCUUCAGCUAAAACAGGAUAUUCUCAGUGGAAAGUUGGAAUGCCCAUUUGACACAGCAGUCCAGUUGGCGGCUUAUACCUUACAAGCUGAACUUGGAGAUUAUGAUCCUGCUGAACAUGUUCCUGACCUGGUGUCUGAGUUCAGGUUUAUGCCCACUCAAACCGAAGAGAUGGAACUGGCCAUUUUUGAGAAGUGGAAGGAAUACAGGGGGCAAACACCAGCCCAAGCUGAAACUAACUAUUUGAACAAAGCUAAGUGGCUGGAAAUGUAUGGGGUGGACAUGCACAUAGUCAAGGCAAGGGACGGCAACGAUUACAGCCUUGGACUGACCCCGACGGGAGUUCUGGUCUUUGAAGGUGACACCAAGAUUGGUCUGUUUUUCUGGCCAAAGAUAACCAGACUGGACUUCAAGAAGAACAAGUUAACAUUAGUUGUGGUUGAAGACGAUGAGCAGGGGAAGGAGCAGGAGCACACUUUUGUGUUUAGGCUGGAUCACCCCAAAGCCUGCAAACACUUGUGGAAGUGUGCAGUGGAACAUCAUGCUUUCUUCCGCCUCAGGGGACCUGUCCAAAAAGGCUCAAGCCGAUCAAGCUUCAUUCGGCUGGGAUCACGGUUCAGAUACAGUGGGAAAACAGAGUACCAGACAACCAAGACCAACAAAGCUAGAAGAUCAGCAUCCUUUGAAAGGAGGCCCAGCAAGCGAUAUUCAAGGAGAACACUACAGAUGAAAGCAAAUGUUGCUAAACUUGAAGAAACAAGCAUUCCGAACAAUGUCUUGCAUCAGAAUAAUGGAUCACAACAAAGCUGGACUGCAAAGCCGACCCUGCCUGUCAUAAUGACAAUUCCAUCUGGCCCAGUCUUAGUGGAAAUAGAAAACCUUCCUAGGAGCCCUGGAGCCAGCCAGCAAGACAUGAAAUGCAUGCCUCUGAUUGUUGAUUUGCUAGACAGCAAGGAGUUGCUGGAGACUUGCAUUGAUGAGCCUGUUGCUAGUUUGACAGCAGGAGUUCCAGAAGAGGCAGAUCUUAGCUUUGUUCCUCCUGGCACAAAGGAGACAGCUGCUGAAAAAAUAGAUCCUGCUGCAUUCGAAGACACGUUGAAACUGAAACAUCUGGAGACAGAACCCAGCCUAGUGCCAGCGCCCCGCUCCAACAUAAACAUCAAUAUCAAUAAACAGGAUGAGGUGGUGAAGUUAACAGAUAAAUGUCUCAAUAACACAAUUGAGAGCCCAGUAACAACAUCAGAGCGUCUUCCUGCAGACAUAAAGAGCAACAUCCUGAAGGCCCAGGCAGAGGCAGUGCACAAGAUCAUGAGAGAGGAUAGCAUGUUGGACAACAAGAAAGCCAGUAUUCACGAUGCCACUGCCAGGGGCAUCCUGAUCUCAGGGAAAGCACAGAGCAGCCUCCUGGCAACCAACCAACUUUUUCAGGAAUCAAGAGAAGUGCUGAAAGAAAUCCCUGCCUCAAAUGCCUUCCUUCCUAAUGCGUUAGGAGAGGAUAAUGCCACCUCUGGCCCUGAAGAAUCACUGGUUCCAGCUAUUCUGGCUCCAGCAGAGGAGACUGCUGUUUUAAAGAGCAGUCCAGAUGACCUUGAUGUUUUGUUAACAUCGCUGACGGAGAAUCUAAUUGACUUUACAGAAACCAUUCCUCAGGUGUCUUCCCAGCCCACAAUUACACCCAGGUGGAUCGUGCCAAGUGGGCAGAUUUCCAAUGGGCCUUUGGGGAAUGAUGUUGUUUUAGCUCUAAAGGCAGUGAAAGGCAGCGCUGAACCAUUGUCGCUUCCAGCUGGAUCUCCAUCAUCACAGCAGUCAGCUGAAAUCCUUGCAAGCCCCGUCACGGAGGAUCCUGCGAUAAAACCGAAAUGUUUACUCACCACUGAACUCUGAGAGGAGGGAGCUUCAGUGCUUCCAAUCUGCUGAAAAUUCAAACCUUCUAGCAUCUUCAAGGAGCCCUUUGGAAGGACCUACCUGGGAUUAAGCUCUUGCUGGAUGUGGCCACAAAAGACCAGCUGCUUUGCUGAGAAUCUGGAGGGAAACUUUCAUAUUUGUUGCAGUUCAGCUAGAACUAUAAUAUAAACUAGGAUGUAAAGCUCCACGGAUGGACGAGAGAUGAAGCACACGCUGGAACUAGUUCUGGGCAUGAAUAACGAAAUCUAGGAGAGUUUCAUCCAUAUUUGACUUAGUUUCUUUACCUUUACAGCUUCAUAGAUGGAAAGUGUUCGCUCUGAUAUCAGCCCACUCACUUUGUGAAAAGUUGUGGGCCAGAGCUUCAUAACUUGACACUGGGAGAAAUUAAAAGAACUUCUAGGGCCAGCAGCUGGUUAUGAAUAUAAAUGAUGACUAAUAGCGAUAAUGGUAAUUUUAUACAAUCAAGGCCAUUCUUUUCUGUGUGAAUGUCCCUUCUCUGUUUUCCUUUGUACCAACAUGGACAAGCCUUCUUGGCCUUAACCCUCUUUGUAGUCUUUUGCACCUUCUCUUUACAGCACCUGGAAAGAAAUGAAAAUCCAGCCCAUGGGUGCCCAUUUACCCCGGUAACUGGAUUUAAGCUGCUCUUUGUAGCCAGAGAAAGGAAGAAUUCUUCUGCCAAACAGCUUAGCAUUCCCAGAGAAAGGUAGAGAGGUCUCACAUUUUGUCCCAGACAUCUUCAUUUCCUAGAAGACUUAACAAACAUAUUUAGAUGUGUUUUAAGCCAUAGAGAUGCAUCCUAGUUUGCAUGUGAAAGCGAGACCUAAGGAUGAAGGGCGUGAACACAGGGACUUGCCAAAGGCUAGUCUCGGUUGUUUUUUUUAGGGCUAGGAGGGACUUUUCAGUGUUGAUCUUGGUUCUGUGGGUGUUUCCAGCUGCUAUUAUUUAAGAACACUUGACUAGCUGGUUAGUGGCACAAGUGUACAAACAGAACAGUUAAUAUCCCACCUGCAUUCAGUUCCAAACUUCAAUAUCAGGUGGGACUGAGAGUGGAAAGAGGUCAUCUGGGGACAGAAAGAGGAUCAAGGGUCAAAUGUCUCCUAAUGGCAAUUCACCCAUUUGGGUAGGUGGAAGGUAGGAGCAUUUGUGCAAGAGUGGUGAUUAGACUACACACUGCAGAGUGCUGACCUUCCUGUACUAAUGGCAAACAUGUUCGCUGCCACGUACUAAGGAGGAUUAGGAUACAGACAGUAGGCCAGCUUGAAGAGACCAUUAGGGCUGCAGGCAAUAGGGUCCCCAGCAGAAACCACACCGAUGAGCCUUUAGAUACGAUAGUGGUGAGUACUAUCGAAAACUUUAACAAAAGGUCAAAGGAAGGAGAAAAAUGGGAGCCCAGUUGGACAAUAAUUUGAUGUCCUUUAUCAUGACUGUGUCCUAACAGGAAUGCCUGGUUGAAAUAGCAAGGGGGGUAGUUUCUGUGUUUGUGACUGGGGCCAGAAACUGGUCUCUGCAUAGUGCUGUAUUUUAUAAAUAUUUACAUGCAGUUAGUUCAUGUUGGCAGAAACACUUUUAAAGAACAUUCUUAAACUUUUGCCCAUUUUCACUCCUGCUCGCUUAAAAUCUGCACAUUUCUAAAUGUGGAAAAUAAAAACUGGACUGAACCACUGUGGUGAUGAGAGAGAAUGGGUUAGUUUUGGGCUGGUUUUUUCCUCAGCAUAACAGAGUUUGCUGCUGCUGAAUGUGGCUGGGUCUGUCAGGGGCAAGAUGCUUAUUGAGAGUGAUGUUAAGGAAGGAAUGGCUUAUCGUACAUAGCCAACUGUCACUCUUCAGUCCCUUCUCCCCCCACACCAGCCCCCCAAAAAUAAAAUAAAUAAGGCCUUACAUAGGGAAGAAUAGAAAACAUAAGUAGCAGUGGGGCUUGGUAGACUGGCCCGUGACUGUGUGUGGAUAGUGGUUCCCAGGCACUGCUACAGGAACCAGUGGUAGGGAUUUGUGACUGGUACCACAGGUUUUCCUACACUCUCUAUGCACUGACUGUGAGAGGAAUUGAGCAGCCCACGUCCUCACUGACUCCAGCACUUCUCAUCCUCAAAGUGAACUUCUGUCAUAGGCCAGAUGUGGUUCUGCUCACUCCCCAUUCAGCUGUAUCCACUGUAGUAGAGGUCUGGAUUGUUUACUCGUCACGUCCAAGCUUUGUUGCAGGUUAGGAUGGAUCUGGCUUCCUGGCUCAGACCUUAGUCUGGGUUAGUACGUUUGCCCAAAAAGGUUGCUUCAGCAAUAGGAAGCUACAGGUGCAGGAACAAAGCCAUUACUAUGAUGGAGAAACUUGGCACUUCCUGUUAACCUGUUUGCUCAGCAGCAGCACCUGCCAGAGAGAUUUGUUGGUUUUGUCAACAGACCGAAGACAGUAGAAUUUUAAUUUAAAACAAGUUUGUUAGUUGAUACAGCAGGUUGAGGUGAACUGUGCACUGGCCACAGGAGCCUCUUAACAAAAUAAAAUAAUUAAGCAUAGUGCAUAGUAUGUGCAGUCCCUCCCCAGUCCUCUUCUCAGUGAUCAUCUGUGUCCAAUAAAUUAUACAUGGUGAUGAAAAUAUUGUGCCCCUAAAAUCUAAAUAGUUUAAUGCUGAAUUAAUUAGUGUGACCUUUUUAAUCCCUUAGAACUAUGGCCAGGAUUUUUCCAAACUAACUAGUGAUUUUAGAUGCCUGGAUUUUUGGUGCCCAGCUUCAGAUAUUUGGGAUGAAAUCUUGGCCCCAUUGAGGUCAAUGGCAAACUCUUAAUGACUUAAAGGGGGGCAAGGAGUUUACCACUAAUUUGCAGAGGGUGAGUGCGUCCCACUCUCUGAAAAUUAGGGCCUUUUAAAUAUCUAGUUGGGCACCCACAAUUGUCAGUCACUCUGGAAAAUUGUAACCUGUAAAUCCUGUUCUGUUCCAAUGAUGAUCUGAUGCUUAUAGUUUUGUUUCACUAAAAUGUUACUUACAAAAUGGCAGAUGUAAGUGCAGUAGCCUGAUUGGCUGCUGAAUCCAUAUUGUAUAUUACAGAGGACCCAUAUUUACCAAAACAAAGAAAAAUACAGGAACCGUGACACCUACAGAGUAUCAAUUACUGCCUUUCGUCCACUCGGAAGGGGGCAUUUCUUAUCAUUUCCUGUUAUUUACUGACUGUGUAGAAGGCCCAGCUGACCUGUAAAAUGUUGCCCAUUGGCAUUUAGUUAUUUUGAGUGCUUCAUCUAUAAAAUUCUGUCAUCCAGGUUUUGAAUUUGUUGUUGGGACAUUUGAUGACAUUGAACAGUUACAAAAUACAGCAAAAAAGCCCUUUUAAAAUUUGAAAAGAAUGAGAAAUAGGCAAUUUGUACCACCCAAUAUGUGGCAUUCAAAGAGGGGAAAAACCCAGCUCCCAGAACCAAGGAGUUAAUCUCCAUUUGAAUUACGAAACUAUCACCCUACUUUACUGAUGCUUAUUCCAGUUUAUAGUAAUUAAAUGUUGCAUUUUGCCUCUUCCUCUUUUACUGUGUUGGUGUUUAGUUUCUUGAUAUCAAACAGGGAUUAGUAAAAUACUUUAUGUCUGGAAUUAAAAUGUGACAAUUGUAAACACAUUGCAGAAGGGUGGCUGGACCACGUGACCACCUUGGUUAUGGAAAUAUAAAUAGAAACUAAUUUACCUUUAUUAAUCUCAUGGAAGUGAUGGCUCUUAAAGCUCCAGCAUCGAUCUCAUCCGAUGAGCCUGACAGCAGCAGGUUGGAGAGUCUAAACUCCGUGAGUAAUAAUUUCCAUUGAAAUGUUUAUGUAAUAAAUUCCAUAGCUACUUACAUCAUAUGUUCACUUAUGCCAUAUACAUGGGGCAUCAGAAUUAGCGUGCAGGAUCUUGGAGACCAAAACCACAGGCCUCUUUACCACUUUAACUAAAGGAAUAUGGCUCUGCUAGUAAGAAAGACAGGCAGUAUAAAGCAGUACUUAUACAUUAGCCAGUUAAAGUACAUACGUAAGUAUGAAUUUCUUCAAAUCUGAGCAUUAGCCUUGGUAGCACAGUAGGACUUUAGUUUGGACUGUUUUCUGAACAAAUAACUCUGGGAAGGAAAAACUUGCUGCUCCAGGAAAGAAACUCUGGAUAAUAGCUCAGUUCAAAUUUGGGUUUCUUUCCACAAACCUCUUCUUUUCAGUCUUGUUUUGUUUCCCAAUCUCUCCCCUGCCCCACACCUCCCUUUUUGUCUUCAGCACAUUCCUGCCUCUUGCAAGAGAUGCUGUACUACGCAAUCAUCCUUCCCCUUCACAAGCAGCAUGGGGCUAUAUUGUCAAGUACUAAACAUGCGCUGCUAGAAAGCACACCUCCUAUAUUAGGGCAUUCAUCUAGCAGCUGUGUCUCUUGACCAACUAUCAGCCCAGCACCUUGUCAUGUGAGAUGUCUUAUCAGAACUUCUUGGAUUAGCAGCAAACUCUGUUAGCCCUACACUCUGUCACACCCAAGGCUUUUCACAAAUAGCUGGACAACAGUACAUUUUUAUUUAAAAAAUCCUUGUUUUUAAUGGCCUUUUAAUGAUACAAGUGUAACCCAGUUUAACACAGAGUAGCAGAGAGCCCAAUGGGUUGCACAAGAAGACUCAUCAGAGGCAUCUUUAAAAAUUCCUAUAACAGAACAGCCAGUUGAAAAUGGGAAAAGCUGGGCGAUACAUUAUGCUCUGCUAAACUCUGGGAGUUGUUUUCUGGCCCAGAGCAGUCCUCAUUCUACCUGAAUCUUUCAUAGGACUUUAGGAAUAGUGCAGGUCCCCUACUCCAAUGCAUUAAAAUUAAAUGACUUUUAUAAGCACACUAGGUUUUUAUGAUUAGAGAGCGAAAUCCAGGCAGUUUGAAGAGUCCUGCAUUUGAGACCUGUGAUCUGGAGCACUUGGUAUUAGCAUUUGAAACUGGGCAUCAGGAUGUUCCCCUUCAGCUCAAGUGCUGAAGCCCCAUGGAACUGUUCGUGGUAGGGAGCGGGUAUUGCACAAUGCGGGAGGAAGACAGGAAUCUAAUGUGAUGUUCCCAGCCAUUUUACUUUCUGGCUGAGCACUUCACUUCUCUGGUUUCCUCCCACACACACAACUAAUUACACGUAACUGGACAAACUUAUUUCAAAGUAUGUAAGAAUAUUUUUUAGCGAGACAGUUUUGUUAAAAAUCACACUAGCUACUGUAUUUUUACGUUUUAUAUGUAAAGCUUGACAAUAGCUCAAGGUAUAAUUUAUUUGUUUGGUUUUUUAUAAAGUUCACCCUCCUGCUUCACGACUAUAGCCAAUGUAUAAACUGUAUUAGAGGCACUGCACCGAGCUUCGUGUUGAGUCUGUACAUGGGAACAAGAACUGUGAUUUGUAGUCCACUCAGAAUCAAUUAUGAAUUGUUUUUAUUGUAGUUUUCUCUUAAAUAUACCACAUCUGUGCAAAA